AUGAGCAGCAGUAUCACAAACCCCAACCAAUUCAAAGGGGAGUUCUUGCCCCACGAUUCCUUGCAAGCAGAACUGAAGACAUUGAACAUCUGCUUCAUUGCCGUGACUUCAGUCUUCAUUGGCAUACGGCUGAUCGUGCGGGCAUUCGUCGUCAAGCAUGUCGCCGCCGAUGACUAUCUUAUGGUAGCCGCUGGCUUGUUUGCCACAGCCUUCUCCGCCAUGGCUAUAGUUGGCGUACGAUAUGGCCUCGGCGAUCAUGUCUGGGAUCUGCCACAGGAUGCCGACCUCGUUGAGAAGAUUAAGAAAACAGUCCAGGUGAGCUUGCUGCUGCUGCUGCUGCUACUACCGCCCUACGCGAACACCUACUUACUAGAUCAGACACUAUGGAUCUGUCAAGUAAUGUACGUGACGGCAUUGAUGUUGGUCAAGAUCAGCAUCGUCGUGUCCUACAUUCGAGUCUUCCCCACGGCCACGUUCCGAAGAAUUAUGUACGCCCUCAGUGCAGCCAUCCUCAGCGUAUGGCUCUGCAGCAUCCUCGUCACCAUCUUCCAAUGCAAGCCAGUCGAGGGUGCAUGGGACUUUACCCUUCCCCGGAACUGCCUCCCAAUUGACAAGUUUUACUAUUUCUCGACGGCGUUCUCGAUCUUCACAGACUUUUUGCUCUGCACCUUACCGCUCCCUGUCUUCUGGAGGCUGAACUUGCCGCGGCGGCAGAAGUACGUCGUGUCUCUGCUCUUCGCCAUCGGCCUCUUCGCCACCGUCGCCUCGGCAUUGCGGAUCAGUGUCCUACAAGGUGUCGAAAGUCUCGACGUGACUCAAGGCUCGGUGCCGACCAUGAAAUGGUCCGUCGUCGAAGUCGGGACCGGCAUCAUCUGCGCCUGCAUCCCUUGCUUCAAGCCUCUCUUCAAGAACUGGCUACCAGAUAAAACCUCGCACACAGGUUCAUCAGGCCGUCCUAGCACAAGAGGGAAUCCCUCCUCGCCCAGGCUCGGCUCAAGCCACUCAGAAGCUCAUGAGCUCACCAAGGCUCCGGAAGGCUGGACGGCAUUCCACCAUCCAGUCCCCACGAGGAUCAAAGCAGAUUCGUUUGUCACCACCAAGAACUUUAUCUAA